GUAUGUCUACUCCCAGCAUGCACACUGGAAGUCCAAUUAUUGCUAAUGGCGGGUUUUUGUAUGAGUCGGUGGUUCAGCUACUGUUUGCUAACUGUACAUAUAUCGAUAUAAACCUGGGGAGUUCAAACCAGAGGCUGCUGCUGUUUGUUCCUGAGUAUUAUCGAGGAUAAAGGAAGAGAAGGAGCUGAAGUGGAGGACUCUGGAGGACAAUAAUACUACUGAGACUGUCAUCAUGUGUCUGUUAACUAACUGAAACUAGAACAGGAAGACACACAGCGUGUGAUUGAGUUAACGUUACAGCUUCAGUAGUGAUGUUAGCUCAGCCAGACGUCUGUCUCUGACACACACACAGCCUAGAAACUACUGCUCACAUACCUAGCUUUAAUGGGCCGCAGGAAGAAGAAGUUUAGCUAGUUAGUUACUAAGAAACUUCAUUCAUUCGCUGCCAGUCUCAAUCUCAUGACGCCGGAAAUGAGUCUGUUAAAUCUAUCAGUGUUGUUAUUAUUAUUAUUAUUAGUUAACGUUAUUCAAGUUAACGGUUCCGCCAAACUAAACAUCCCCAAAGUGUUGCUACCGCUUGCUAGAAGUACAAGAAUCAACUUCACACUGGAGGCGACUGAAGGCUGCUACAGAUGGACGUCCACCAGACCAGAGGUAGCAAGCAUCCAGCCUGUGGAUGAGGAGAGCAGCAGAGGCUGCUCCCAGAAAGCUGUUCUCCAGGCUCUCUCCACCCAGCCCUCCAGACUCACCAGCAUCAUUCUGGCUGAAGAUGUUGUUACAGGACAGGUACUGCGUUGCGACGCCAUUGUCGACAUCAUCAAUGAGAUCCAGAUAGUGUCGACCACCAGAGAGCUACAUCUGGAGGACUCACCACUGGCACUCAAAAUUCAUGCACUGGACUCUGAAGGAAACACCUUCAGCACCCUGGCUGGUCUCGUGUUUGACUGGACCUUAGUGAAAGAUGUAGAUGUGAAUGGAUUCUCUGACUCUUACAAUGCGUUACGGGUACUUAAAUUCUCAGAGUCCACCUAUACUCCCCCUGGAUACAUAUCUGAAAUGGAGCGUGUUGGGAAACAGGGCGAUAUUAUUUUGGUAUCAGGACAGAAAACAGGACAUGCUAAAUUGAAGGCUAAAAUACAAGAGCCAUUGUAUAAGGAUGUGGGUGCCGCCGAGGUGAGGCUGCUGAUUUUAGAGAACAUCCUGUUGAGUCCGGCGCAUGACGUCUAUUUGUUGGCGGGAACUUCCAUCCGAUACAAAGUCAUGAAGAUAAGACAGGGCACGAUGACAGAGCUCCUUAUGCCUUGUGAUCAGUAUGAACUGCACCUUCAGAACAGUGCGAUCGGCACUAAUGGAAACCCAGAUGUUGCAGUGGCCAGUCUGGACCAAAGCACCUCCACAGUUACAGCAAUUCAGCUUGGACACAUCAACGUGGUGCUGGAUCAUAAGAGCAUUCGAAUGCAGGGAGUGUCUCGCCUACCCAACAGCACUCUGUAUGUGGUUGAACCAGGAUACCUAGGUUUUAAAAUCCGUCCAGGAAACUGCUGGGUUCUGGAAACAGGCAGAGUAUAUGAAAUCCUCGUUGAAGUCUUUGAUAAAUCCGGCAACAAAAUUUACCUCUCGGAUAACGUCCGUAUUGACACUGGUUUCCCCGCCGAGUACUUGGAACUCCUGCAGUCAUCUGUGAAUGGAUCAUAUCAUGGUGUCAAAGCGCUCAAAGAAGGCCUGACUCUCAUUAAUGCUACCCUAAAAGCUGUUGUGGAUGAAACUGGAAAUGUCCAUGCACUCGCCAACCCAGUCCACAAUGAGCAGGAUGUAGAAAUCUAUAACCCUAUAGUCCUCCAUCCCAGUAUUCUCACAUUUCCAUGGCAGCCCAAGGUCGGAGCCUAUCAGUACACAAUAAAGGCGACAGGAGGGAGUGGAAAUUUCAGCUGGUCUUCCUCCAACACAGCUGUGGCCACAGUGACCGUGAAAGGAGUCAUGACAACAGUCAGUGACAUUGGCGUCAGUGUAGUUUACGCUCAUGAUCUACGCAACCAACUACACUUUGGCCAGAUGAACGUGUAUGUUGUUGAGCCCGUGGCCAUGGACUUCGCUCCUUGCCCGGUAGAGUCCAGGGUCGGCCUGGUUCUGGAUCUACCCCUCAGGAUCUUCGGCCUCCUGGGGGAGGUGGAGAAGGAGCGGGUCAUGUUGAGCGACUGCUCCCACUUUGACCUGCAGGUUGAGGAAGAAAACCCCGGCGUCUUCCAGCUACUAGACGGGAGGCUGGCUCCAGGCCAGGAGCACUGCAGCGGGGUGAGAGCCAAGGCCCUGGCCCCCGGCUACACCGUACUUACUGUGAGCUACACCCACGGCAACGUUCACCUCAGUGUCAAGAUCACCAUCGCUGCCUAUCUUCCUCUCAGAGCGAUUGACCCUGUGUCUGUGGCCGUGGUGACUCUGGGAUCAUCUAAAGACAUGCUGUUUGAGGGCGGGCCCCGGCCUUGGGUGUUAGAGCCCUCAAAGUUCUUCUGCAACUUGAGCGCUGAGGAUGAGGCCAGCGUGAGCCUCACUCUGACCAGUCCUUCAUCUCACAACUAUAACCAGCACUGGGUCAGAGCAACCUGCAGGGCCCUGGGAGAGCAGGUGCUGGAGGUGACGGUGGGAAACAAGGCCAGUGUGACCAAUCCUUAUCCUGCUGUGGAGCCGGCGGUGGUCAAGUUCGUCUGCGCCCCUCCGUCUCGCCUCACCCUGGUCCCAGUGUACACCAGCCCCCAGCUGGACCUGACCUGCCCCCUGCUGCAGCAGAACAAACAAGUGGUACCUGUUUCAAAUUACCGUAAUCCCAUUUUGGACUUGGCUGCUUUUGAUCAACAAGGAAGGAAGUUUGACAACUUCAGCUCUCUGAGCAUAUUGUGGGAAUCGAGCAUGGCGUCGCUGGCCAGUAUUGAACCCACUCUGCCCAUGGAGCUCCAGCUGUUCGAGGAAGGCAACAAACAGAUGAAACUUCACGGACGACAGACGGUUCUUGUCCAUCAUCAAACAGGCAUCGCUGUCAUCACAGUGACAGCUCUGGGUUACCAGGCUUUACAUCUUGCAGCAGCCAAAGUUCCUAGUCCAUACGAACCCUUGACCCCUGUCUCAGCCACUCUGGAGCUGCUGUUGGUUGAAGAUGUGAAGGUUUCUCCUGAUUCAGUUACCAUAUACAACCAUCCAGAUGUGCGGGCGAUCUUGGAACUGCGAGAAGGUUCAGGGCACUUCUUUGUCAAUACCAGUGUUAAAGGGAUAGCGGACGUGGAGUUCCAGGAGGCCCAAGGAACAGCUCAGGUCUCUCCCGUCUACCCAGGGGAGGUGAAGGUGAUGGUUCACGACCUUUGUCUGGCAUUUCCAGCACCUGCCACGGCCACGGUCCAUGUUUCUGACAUCCUGGAGGUUUAUGUGAGAGUGGUUGACAAGGUGGAGAUUGGCAAAUCUGUGAGAGCUUAUGUCAGAGUCUUGGAUGAUAAUAAGAAGCCCUUCCCAGCCAGCUAUUUCCAUUUCAUGAAUCUUAAACUCAAGUCAGCUUCUGCAAUCGUCUCUCUAAAACCAUUAGCAGCGUCCACAGAAAAUGAUACAGCUGUUUUCAUGGUGAAAGGUGCUUCUAUUGGUCAGACCACUCUGUCAGCUGUUGUUGUGGAUAAAAACGGGAGAAAAAUUGCAUCUGCGCCUCAGCCAAUUGAGGUAUUUCCACCGUUCAAACUCAUCCCAAGGAAAAUGACUCUGUUAAUUGGAGCAAUGAUGCAGAUCACAUCGGAGGGUGGCCCUCAGCCUCAGUCCAAUAUCCUUUUCUCUAUUUCCAAUAAGGAAAUAGCGUCUGUUAAUGGCAUGGGCCAUGUCAAGGGUGCUACCAUUGGUAAUGUCACUGUGACAGGACUGGUGCAAGCUGUUGAUGCCGAGACUGGGAAGCUAGUCGUUGUGUCUCAGGAUCAAGUAGAAGUUGAGGUUGUGCAAUUGACCGCCAUUCGAAUCAGAGCACCUAUCACAAGAAUGAAGACAAAAGCACAGAUGCCUGUAUAUGUGAUGGGUCUGACCAAUAGUCAAACACCCUUCUCCUUUGGCAACGCCGUACCUGGCCUCACCUUCACCUGGUCCACCACCAAGAGAGACAUUCUGGAUGUCCAGCCAAGAAACAUUGAGGCGAAUGUGGAGCUCCAGUCAGAGCACAACUUUGGCAUGAGGGUGAUGGGAAGAACGAGAGGGCGGACAGGGCUGAAGGUGGUGCUCAGAGUUACUGACCCCGAGGCUGGGCAGUUAGCGGGGAAUCUACUGGAGCUCAAGGAUGAGAUCCAGAUCCAGGUCUAUGACAAUCUACACAUGCUUAAUCCCGAAGUAGAGGCUGGGGAGUUACUGAUGGCUCCGAACUCAGCCCUCAAACUCCAAACUAGCAGGGAUGGUGUAGGUGCACUCUCUUACCGGAUGCUGGACUGCCCUGACCAGGUUGUUAUCGCUCAAGUGGAUGAUAAGGGCUUCCUCUUCUCUGGCUCUCUUACCGGCAUCUCCUCUCUGCUGAUCACCUCGCUGGAGACCUUUGGUGUCAAUCAAACUCUCAUCCUCGCUUUGAAGGUGGUACCUGUGUCCUACGUGCGCUUCAGUACCAGUCCAGUGCUCCAAACGCACACCAGGGAGAGCCUGAAAGCAUUCCCCCUGGGCAUAGUGCUCACCUUCACCGUCCACUUUCAUGCCAGCACUGGAGAGGCCCUACACAGCUCCAGCUCCCACCUCACGUUUUCCACAAACAGAGACGACCUGGUGCAGGUGGGGAUCGGGCCUGGUAACCACACUCUGACAGUGAGGACCAUCAACGUCGGCCUCACUCUUCUCGCGGUGUGGGACAGCGAGAACGUGGGCGUGGCGGACUACGUUCCUCUACCUGUCGAACACUCCAUCCACCCGAAUGAGGCCCACAGACUGGUGGUGGGGGAUGUGGUCUGCUUUGCUGCCCUGUUAAGCAGCCCAGAUGGCGUUCAUGGCACUUGGAGCUCCUCGGCUAAUGGUGUUCUUCAGGUGGACCCUAAAAGUGGUGCAGCAGUAGCCAGAGACUCCGGGACAGUUACUGUGUACUACGAGAUACCUGGUGUUUUGAAAACGUACAGAGAGGUGGUAGUCGAAGCAACUACAACGACGGCUGUUAUGGCGCAGGCGACACCCGUCAGGAUCGGCAAGGAAACAAAGGUCUUACUCACUACCAGAGGGAGAGGAACCAACCUCAUUGGAACCUGUUCCUCUGCCCAGACUGAAGCUAUUUCUCAGCUGCACCCAGAAACCUCUGUCAGCUGCCAUCUGAGCUUCACCAGCGAUGCUAUCGACUUCCCCGCUAAUGAUGUCUUCAAAACGCACACCAGCUUUGACUCCAGCAUCGGCUCCUACACAUGUUCCAUAACCUUGCAGCCGAUCACCGACCAACAGACCCGUGUGCUCAGCAUGUCCAUGACCAACCUGCUGGUGAGGGCCGGCCUGGAGGGCAGCGCCUUCUCUGGGGAACAAGUGAGCGCCAGGCUGCCCGUGGAGCCAGGCCUGUACUCUGAUCAGACUGAGCUGCUCCUCACAAACCUGCACCCGACAGCUGAACUCACCGUCUACGGCCCCGCCGCUGCCCUGUCCAACAUGGAGGUGGUGUCUUCUUCUCCCAACAUUGCCGUCCAAGAGAGUGAAGUACACAACGGCCUCCCCAGUUUGUCAAAGUACACCGUCAGCGCCGUGGACCCUCAGGCGGCUGUUUCAGCUUCCAUUUCCAUAAGCAGCACCUCCUGCAGCCAGAGUAUCGUCAUCCCAGUCACUCUGAUUCACGUGGUCGAUCCCAACGCUGUCAAGCCAGCAGCUGCUGCUCCAGUUGUUAACAUGGAGGGGGGCCACUCCCUGCACAGCUUCAUAAACUGCUACCAGAUGAUGUUCUUCACCCUGUUCGCUCUGCUGGCCGGUACAGCCAUCAUCAUCAUCGUCCUCCACACUGUGUUCAGCCCAAGGGAACAAGCUUAUCACCCCGCUUUCAUCCAGAGGACACCGCCACCCAUCUCAGGUUUUGACUCUCCAGUAAUGAAUUCCUUCAACCGCACGCUACCGAGGACGGAUCCAAACAGCAGCCCCAGGUCGCGUCUCUAUUCUCCAGACUACAAGUCCUGAUAAAGCUCUCUGUCAGGUCUCUAUUCUUCAAAAGUAGAACACCACAGGCCAUUAAUGCAUAUUGAAUGUGCCUCGGUCCCUCAGUACGAGUGCUGUGGGAUGAGAAUGCAAAAUCUCCGUUGUAUUCACACGUUGGUAUCGAUGCUUAAAAGAAACUUAAUUUUUCGGAAUAGCAGAUCAGUUAAGAGCUGGAACAUAACAGGGCUAUUUUUCUUUGUGUGUAUGUUUUUGUGUGUGGACUUAUAUAUAUAUAUAUAUGUGUGUGUGUCUUUUUUUGUGGUUUGCCAUGGAAAUAGCUUUUAUACAAAACCGCUCUGUUAUUAACUGACAUCUUUUGAAAACAACCAAACCACUAGUUUGUGCUUUAAAUAAGAUCACUUUUUGUGUUUGUUCACCCAUUACUUGUGUGCUACUUAAUAUAUUUGACAUGUGAAUUUCAGUAUCUCAGGAGGAACCUCAUCCAUGUAUGACGUAAAGCAAACAUUCACUUGAAAAUGUUUAUUUUUAUGAGCAGGAAACGUCUUUUUGUUUUGUUGUAGCUAAAAACGCUGUCCACUGAAACCCUCCUAAGAGGUGACGAACCCUCAAAUGUGCAUAAUGCUAACUGGGAAAAAGUUGGUUUAUUUCUCUUCUGGGCAUUUCUAUAUUACUGAUUUUUGUCGAGCAGCUCCUGUGUAAUUCAUUAAUGUGAAACAGUUAAGGAAUGUGAACCGUCAUUCAGUUUUUAUCCCGGUGUUGCUUCAGCGCAGAAGCAAUCAAAUGUGACCCAACGUCAUUUCUGAAAUCUGUAAUGUGUCUGUUCCCAUUUGUUUUUUACCCGACCACGUUUCUGGGAGGAGAUUAUUGUAGCACUGUCCAGCUGCAGAGACACAAGAGUGUGAUAUUUUUGUAUUCGACAAGGAAUCGUAUAUUUAUGUUAGCUAGUGAAAUUCAGUUUUACUGUAAGAGGAGUAUGUGCGAUGAUCAAAUGGCUGCAGUGCUGUGUUUGUGUUAGUCCUGCCUCACAAUCAUAUCUGAACAGCUUUCAGCACAUAAUACAGAUACAUGUUUGUUUGCUUGUGUGAAUAUGCUCUUGCCUUUUUGCUAAUUAAAGUUUGUACUUUUCACGUUCA